AUGUCCACGGCGCCACUUGGUCCAAAGGCAAAACGCCCACCUAAGCGUUUCGCACCGCUCGAUCCGACGCUACAGCACGACAGGGACCUCCCAAAGCUGAAGGGUAUCAUAUUCGAUGUGGACGGCACGUUAUGUCUCCCUCAGAACUACAUGUUUCGUGAGAUGCGCUCUGCCUUGGGUAUCCCGAAAUCCAUCGACAUAAUUGACCAUAUACGGUCGUUGUCCAACGAGCCAGACGGGGAGCAUCCCGCAACUGAACCGCCACAUUCACCGCUCGACCCGACGCAACCGCCGUCUGAAGAAAUGCUCUCUCCGACCAGCGACACCGACCCGGAUCCGGCCCCAUCGUCGCCCCAGUCGCGUGCCGUGGCUACGAUCAAAGCCAUCGAGCGUAAUGCGAUGACCUCCCAGCGCCCUCAACCUGGACUGCAGGAGUUGAUGGCCUACCUCACGCGUCGGGGAGUGCCGAAGGCUCUGUGCACGAGGAACUUCCCGGCGCCGGUGCACCAUCUGCUCAGCACGUUUGUGCCGGACGAGAAGUUCCACCCCAUCAUCACGCGCGAGACCGAGGGCGUCCAGCCGAAACCGAGUCCGGAGGGGCUGUGGACGAUUGCGUCGCAGUGGGGGCUUGACAAGGAUGUCGACGACAGGGUGUUGGAUGGUAUCACAGUUCAUACUGGUCCAGAGGGCGAGAUAGAGGUCGAUCCAUUGGAGGUCACGAAGAGUGUUCUCGGGUCGGGAUUGAUCAUGGUGGGAGACAGUAUCGACGACAUGGCGAGCGGGUAUAGAGCUGGUGCGGCGACGGUGCUGUUGGUCAAUGACGAGAAUCAGCACUUGGAAAGCCACGAGUAUACCGGGUUGUGCGUGAAAAGGUUGGAUGAGUUGAUUGAUAUUCUGGAACGGGGGUUUAAGGAGAUGAGUGCAUCGUGA